AUGGCCCGUGGCCCGGCUCGGACCAGCCCGAGACCGGGGUCCCAACUGCUGCCGCUGCUGCCGCUACUUCUGCUGCUGCUCCAGGACGCGGGCGGCAGCCACACGGCCUCCGCCCGGUCCGCCCCGCCCGCGGAGGCCGACGGCCUGGCGGGGUACAAGAACCCCCAGCGGUCUCCAGGGGACGCGGCCGCUGCUCUGGGCCCCGGCACCCAGGACAUGGUCGCUGUCCACAUGCUCCGGCUUUAUGAGAAAUACAGCCGAAGGGGCGCGCGGCCAGGAGGGGGCAACACGGUCCGCAGCUUCCGGGCCCGGCUGGAAGUGGUCAACCAGAAGACCGUGUAUUUCUUCAACCUGACGUCCAUGCAGGACUCAGAACUGAUCCUCAUGGCCACAUUCCACUUCUACUCGGAGCCGCGGUGGCCCCGGGCACGCGAGGCACCAUGCAGGCAGCGGGCCAAGAGUGCAUCCUGCCGCCUGCUGCCCCCGGGCCCGCCUGCACGCCAGCACCUGCUCUUCCGAAGCCUCUCGCAGAACACGGCCACGCAGGGGCUGCUCCGCAGGGCCAUGGCCCUGCUGCCGCCGCCCCGGGGCCUGUGGCGGGCCAAGGACAUCUCCGCCAUCGUCAAGGCGGCCCGCCGGGAUGGCGAGCUGCUCCUGUCCGCCCAGCUGGAUUCUGGGGAGGAGGACCCGGGGGUACCCAGGCCCGGCCCCCAUGCACCCUACCUCCUCAUCUACGCCAACGACCUGGCCAUCUCAGAGCCCAACAGCGUGGCAGUGACACUGCAGAGAUAUGACCCCUUCCAGGCUGGGGACCCGGAGCCUGGAGCAGCCCCCAACAGCUCGGCGGACCCCCGAGUGCGCCGGGCCACGCAGGCCACGGGACCGCUCCAGAACAACGAGCUGCCAGGGCUGGACGAGAGGCCGGCACAUGCCCCCCACGCCCAGCACUACCACAGGCACGAGCUGUGGCCCAGCCCCUUCCGUGCACUGAAGCCUCGGCCGGGCCGCAAGGACCGCAGGAAGAAGGGCCAGGAUGUGUUCAUGGCCUCCUCGCAGGUGCUGGACUUUGACGAGAAGACGAUGCAGAAAGCCCGGAGGAAGCAGUGGGACGAGCCGCGGGUUUGCUCCCGGAGGUAUCUGAAGGUGGACUUUGCAGACAUCGGGUGGAACGAGUGGAUCAUCUCCCCCAAGUCGUUCGAUGCUUACUACUGCUCAGGAGCCUGCGAGUUCCCCAUGCCCAAGAUCGUCCGCCCCUCCAACCACGCCACCAUCCAGAGCAUCGUCAGGGCUGUGGGCAUCGUCCCGGGCAUCCCAGAGCCUUGCUGUGUUCCCGACAAGAUGAACUCUCUUGGGGUCCUCUUCCUGGAUGAGAACCGGAAUGUGGUUCUGAAGGUGUACCCCAACAUGUCUGUGGAGACCUGUGCCUGCCGGUAA